AUGAGGAACAUAGGCUUUGUAUCUGGGUAUAUGGAUGAAAUGCACUGCUUGGGUCCUGUGUUUGCGCUGUUUGUACCAUUUUAUUCCUCCAUUCCAAGAGUGCAGGUGACACAAGUAUUAGGCCACUUUUCUAUCACAAACAAGACACUAGUCUACAUACUGGGUUUACAGCUCUUAACCUCUGGUUCUUACAUCUGGAUUUUAGCCUUAAGUGGAUUGGUUUCUGGGAUUUGCUACAAUAGCAGUAUAUUAAAAGUUCAUCGAAUUCUUUGUGUACCCAGCUGGGUAGCAAAAAUAUUUUCUUGUACUCUUGAACCAAUCUUCUCAUCCGCGGAACCAACGAAUGAAGUUCGAGUGGGAAUGGGAGCAACAGUUGACAUCCAGAGGCAGCAGAGAAUGGAGCUACUGGAUCGUCAGAUCAUGAUGUCUCAGGUUGCCCAAAUGAGGCGGCAAAGGCAGCAGCAGGGUGGGAUGAUUAACUGGAAUAGACUGUUUCCUCCUUUACGUCAUAGACAUAAUGCGAAUUAUCAAGACCAUCACCCGUCUGAAGAAGACACACCUCCACCUACCGAGAUUUCUGAAGAGCAGGUUGCACGACUUAUGGAAAUGGGAUUUUCCAGGGGAGAUGCUCUAGAAGCUCUGAGGGCUUCAAAUAAUGACUUAAAUGUAGCCACGAAUUUUCUACUGCAGCACUGAUGGGUUUCUGUGUGAAGGAACUUCACUUGAUGGGUUUGUAGACAUCUAAAAGAGGAUCAAAGCCACCUGCUGGACAGACUCACGAAGGUCGGCCACCGCAAGAGCGUCAGAAAAGAGAAACUGGCUCGGCGUGACUGGUGAUUCAAAGUGAUGUUAACACAUGACGUGAACUGUUCCCAAGCCUUCAGCUCACUUGGUGGUUUCUAGUCUGGUUAUUCUUUUCAAAGUAACUUUAGUUUCUACUUACUACUGGAUAUCACCUGAAUUUAUUUUUAAAAUAAAGUAAGUGUUUUUUUUCUUGUAAAUCCUUGUUAGACAUGUUAUCAGACUUAAUGGCUAGGAAAAGAAGCUCCAACAACUAGAUUUACCUAUCAAGAAAAAUCAUAUUUUUUUCAUUUACCAGUCUAAUUUCUCUAUCUUACAUGUUAUUUUACAGUACUUGAUUUUUUUAUUACAGUAAUAAGAGGCUUGAAGAUCACUUCAUUUGCAACUCAGUAAAGGAUUAUGGGACUAUUAUGUCAUUCUUUGGCAAGUUUUAUUAAUGCCUGUAAUAUUUUAUUUCUUGAAUUCCUUUUUAAACAGAAGUUGUCAUUCAGCACAUAACGCACAGAUAUGAUGACAGAAAAUUCAUGUGCGUAUUGCAAGCUAUGGUAAGCGACCACAGUAAAUUUAAAUUUUACUAACUGAGUGAGUU